CAAGAGACGUAUUCCCUUCAUCGUCACUGCUGGCGUUAGAUAUCAUAUCCUGAUGUUGUCUUCCACAAGCAGUGCCAUCGGUGUUUGUUAUCAACAAAUGUGACUCUGCGAGCUGUGAAGAUUAUAAAAAAGGCCAAGAUAAGAGCGAGUUUUGUGGAAACGGAGGAUUACCACUGAAUUAAGGCUAAAGUGUCACGCUGUCAGGCCGACGACAGAGACCAGUUACUUGAGCUCUUCGCACACACAACUGCAGCCUUACAGACACAGACGGGGGGAGAGUGCGAAUCAUACACAAAACGGUUUUACACAAUUCAGGCGGAUAGAGUGGAAAAACGCGAAGCGAUUUUCAGUCGAUCGUUCCUUGCUGAAGUGUACAGUCGUGUGUACAGGCAGGUCGUGUAGGAGUUUUCGGGAGUGUUGUGAUAGAUCAUUUCCGAACCAGCCAGGUGAUCAGUGAAAGAGUGGCCGUAUAAGCGGUGUGGUUUUUGUCAAAAAUUAACAAGUGUCGAUUUUUCCGAACGUGUGUGUUAAUUGAUUUUUGCGGAGCGGUUGCAAUUUUGUAUCUGCUGUCAGGGGUUGAGUUGGGUAACUUCCGGGGAAGUACAUAACAGCUCAAAGGCAGCAUUUUUUGCACAGUGUUCAAAUGGAAAGUACUUUCAACUCGUCGAUCGACAAACAGCAGAAGAAGCAGAGUUGCCCUCGAAAGUGUCAUUGGUAGUAUUGGUACCAUCGGAAAACCAGUGAAGACCAAAACACAACAGAAAAUUAUACCAUCAUACUCACAUGGUUUGCGUGUGAUUCCCUCCUCAACCAAACCGUACCCGAGGAGGAGUGAACUAGUCCAACAACCGUCCGAGCAAAGGGAGGCGCGAAAGAGAUACAAGCAAUAAUAAAUCCACAACACGGUGGAAACAAGCACGAAAAGCAUAAAAGCAACCAAAACGCGGAAAAUAAGCAUACCGAAUAGGUAAAAUCUUUUGCCUCUGAAAGAGCGUACUGAACCUGACAUAUAAGGAAAGCGAAACGAGAAAAAGUUUCUGUGAUCCUCUGUGGUGAAGUUUUCAGUUUUUGGAGUGUAGAAAACUAGUGUCGUUCCUUAAGGGAGUAGUGCCCUUAGUGUCAGUCAAAUCUUGACCUUAAGAGCAAGAAAGUUAAGCAUUUAUCAGAACCAAAAUGUUGAAGACAAAAUCGGGUGAAGAAAAGGUGGAUACGCUGCUAUCUACCAGCCAAAUACCGAUCAUCGAUCUUGCUCACUGUGGCACAGAGGAAUGUCCGAUCAAAUCGGUUGUAAAUCGAGUCGGUUCACAGCUGUUUCGAGCCUUGACAGAGAAGGGAGUUGCACUGUUGGUGAAUCAUGGAAUUGCAGAAGAUAAGAUCAAAUAUGCCUACAACCACCUGGACGAUUUCUGCAAACUGCCGGACACCAUCAAGGAGCUAUACCUGCGGAAGGACGGCAAUCAUGGCUACGUGAAACCCGGCCAGGAACGCUUCGACGGCAAAAGCAAAGACAUCCGACACACCUUCAACAUCUGCACCUUGAAGCCGGAUGCGCAACUCCCGGAAGAGCCUCUCCCCGGUUUCCGGGAGAACAUCUCCGACCUGGCAACAGAUUUUCAGCGCCUGUCCUCGCUUCUCCUCCAAGCCCUGGCCGUUGGGCUCGAAAUGCCAUACAAAUACUUCCUCGACAGGCACGGUCACAUCCUGGACGGGGAAGGUGAAAACCAGUCGACAUUCCGCUUGCUGUACUAUCCACCACUGAUCGAAGACGACGGCAAGAACGAGCUGCAACGGGGUACCUGUCAGUACAGCCAACAGCGCUGCCUCAGGGACGAAAUCGAUCUCUCACUUCCGGAAGACUACAAGAGAAAGCUCGCCGAAGAGGAAGAGGACCGGGAAGCUCAGUACACCCGCUGUGGAGCGCACUGUGACUAUGGGACGUUCACGCUGCUGGUGCAGGACUCGGAGGGUGGCCUCGAGGUGAAACUGCCCGGUACGGACAAGUGGAAACGGGUCGGCUAUCUGCCCGGUGCCAUACUGAUCAAUGCCGGCGAGCUACUGGCAACGUGGACCAACGAGAAGAUUCCUGCCCUGCCACACCGGGUCGUGAUACCGGAGGAGGACUCACUCAAGAGCCGCGGAAGACAUUCGAUAGCAUUCUUCGUCCAUCCAGACAACUGCACCGACAUCGAACCGCUCGAGAUGCCUACCUCUAGUUCCUCCAACUCGCUCGACUCGAUGGACAAGAAGCCAAAGAACAGGAAAAAGUCCUUCAAGGCGGCAAAGACAAAAAUCUACAACGCCUACCAGCAUGUGCAGCGUCGAUUUAAGGAAACCUACGCUUCCUAACCGAUUGGGGACACAUCUGCGCUCCCCUACAAAAAUCAACAACUCCAUUUUUCGUUUUUCGACAGCAGCGCUAACUACCCAGCAGAUUUAGGAAAGAAAGAAACAACAAGAACUUAAAUUAGAUUAAAACUACUUACUCAUGCCGCCCGUUACUUGGCAGUUAAGGUUGUGAACACGUGCGGAAUGGAAACUGCAAACUUAUCCAGCUGGAUCAUCAAUCACGUAGUAGGGCGCUCGCAUCCCAACAACGCCCAGUCCCUGUCAUUAUCAAAUUAUGUCAUGUUUUGUUUUCGAAUGACCCGGAAUGUUAAUAGCGCAAUCCCAGAGAGCAGUAGGAACUAUUUAUUCUACUCCAUCUAUUUAUUGAUUUCUUUUCCCCGCGAGUAAGCUUUGCUCUGUGCUUUUUGUCGAAUGAGAGUAGGCUCUAUCUGUCCCAGAUAGUAAACGAGAAUAGCAACUAUCCGAAACUGCCGUGUGUCGUUGAUGUCCGUCCGUACAAUUGCAUGCCGGGAAAUACCAAUGUAACUAUAUCAGCGGUAGGAUCGUUUCAAUGGUGCAAAGUUUGUUUUAUUAGUUAAUGUUUAUUUUGUCUUCCUACUUUUUCAUCUAUCGACUUUUUAUCGGUAGGCUACUUGCAUACAACUUUUUUUUUUAUUUUGCUAUAAAAUGACUAUCGACUUUUGGAAAUAGAGCAUUCAGGUACCUAAAGCACAUUAUUCAUCUACUUAAUUUUACCACUUACCAUAGAAAAUGCGCAACAGCUAUAAUAUGAAAAUUGAAAGUGAUAUCUUGUAAGAGAAACGAGCAUAUAUUUUUUAAGGAAUAAACUUUUCAUUUUAUUAAAAAUAA